GCAGAGGACCUGGCCCACGGCGUGGAGGACGUGGACUUCGAGGACGAUGAGGGCGCGGACGGGCCCGAGGGCGAGGCCUGGGACACGGAGGAGGACGACGAGGGGCUGGAGGACGGCAUGGAGGCGCAGGACGACAGCGAGGUCACGUUCGCCCUGCACUCGGCCUCUGUCUUCUGCGUGAGCCUCGACCCCAAGACCAACACGCUGGCGGUGACGGGCGGGGAGGACGACAAGGCCUUCGUGUGGCGCCUCAGCGACGGAGAGCUCCUCUUCGAGUGCUCGGGACACAAGGACUCGGUCACCUGCGCUGGCUUCAGCCACGACUCCGUGUUUGUGGCCACUGGCGACAUGUCCGGGCUCAUCAAGGUGUGGCGGGUGGAUUCCAAGGAAGAAGUUUGGUCCUUUGAAGUGGGGGACUUGGAGUGGAUGGAGUGGCAUCCUCAAGCCCACGUCCUUCUGGCGGGCACAGCUGACGGCAACUCCUGGAUGUGGAAGAUCCCCAGCGGGGACUGCAAAACCUUCCAGGGCCCCUCGUGCCCAGCCACGUGUGGCAGGAUCCUGCCUGAUGGGAAGAGAGCAGUGGUGGGAUAUGAAGAUGGGACGUUGCGCAUCUGGGACCUGAAGCAGGGCACCUCGCUGCAUGUCCUGAAAGGCCAGGACGGCCACCAGGACCCCUUGACGUGCGUGGCCAGCAACCAGGAUGGCAGCUUGAUCUUGACAGGCUCCGUGGACUGUCACGCCAAACUGAUCAACUCUGCCACGGGCAAGGUGGUGUGCGUGUUCAAGGUGGAGAGCAUCGCCCCCAAGACGCCCGCCAGCGAGGGCGAGGAGCCCGAGUCCAACUCUGUGGAAUCCCUGGGAUUCUGUAACGUGAUGCCCCUGGCUGCUGUGGGCUACCUCGACGGCACCCUGGCAAUCUACGACCUCACCACACAGAGCCUGAGGCAUAAAUGCCAGCACGAGUCGGGCAUCGUGCAGCUGCUGUGGGAGGAGAGCUCGGCCGUGGUCUACACGUGCAGCCUGGACGGCGCCGUGCGCCUCUGGGACGCGCGCUCGGGGAAGAUGAUCAGCGAGUACCGAGGGCACGCGGCCGAAAUCCUCGACUUCGCCGUCAACAAGGACGCCUCCAUCGUGGUGACGACCUCCGGAGACCACCAGGCCAAGGUGUUCUGCGUGCAGCGCCCGGACCGCUAGGGCCGCGAGGCCGCCGGGGGCUCUUGUACAGCGGGACGGGGGACGGGGGGCUCCCCCCUUCCCCAGCGUGUGCUUUGUAAUUUACUAGCCUGCCCCCCUGCCCUUGCUUGGGGGUGGGGGGGGGCUGAGCCUGGGCUUUUGUAUGAAAAAUGUCUUUUAAUUAUAUAAAUUAUUUCACUUAACUGGAUCUUAAUCCACACGGGUAUGUAGGUAAGGCGGGUGUUCUUUCCGUUGGCAGGGAGGUAGAUGGUGGUACAGGAGUCAUUCCCAGCUCCUGCCCCGAAUAUUAUCACUUCSCUGAAGUGCUGGAGGCUUCCAGUGGCCCCCACUUCCCAGCAGAGAGCCCAGCCUGCCUGGCCCGAGGUAGGACAGGAUGGGCUCUCCUGAGGGAAGGGAGUGAAGAAGAAGCCAUGAACAAGGGGAGCCAGGGCUGUGGCUGUGCAGGAUGGGAGGCAAAGAGAGGGGAGAGAAGGGCU